CCUCCCUCGCUCCUCCGUUUGCUGCUGAUUCCUGUUUCCUAGACCCCGCUGGCUCGCGCAUCAAUGCCGUCCAGCAACAAGUUUUGGGUGUCGGUUGCCGCGGCCGCUGCUGCCAAUGCCGCUGUUGUCUCAGCGGCUGCUUCCACCUACGUCGGAUGUUUUGCCGACGGCCCCAGCCGCAUUCUCUCCACCAAAGUUAGCGUUUCGACCCUCACCAUCCCCAAUUGCCAGGUCGCCUGUGUGCAAGCUGGAUAUGUUUUCGCUGGCCUUGAGAACGGUGCCGAGUGCUGGUGUGGCCAGCAGCUCAGCUCCGGUACUCCCUCCGGCUUGAACGAUGGCAGUGUCGUCGGCACUCUUGUCGCCGACUCUCGCUGCAGCACUCCUUGCCCUGGCGAUGGCACCACCAGCUGUGGUGGUGGCUGGCUUGCCUCGGUCUACUUUGCCUCGGUCGAAGGUUGCUACUACGACGACUCGGCUCGCGAUCUCCGCAAGGUCACCAACAACCCUCUCGGACUGAGUGCCAGCCAAUGCAAGAGCACUUGUCUGUCUCAAGGCGCCGCGUACUUUGGUGUCGAGGCUGGCCAGGAAUGCUACUGUGGCAACCGUGUUGUCUACGAGAACCUUCCCUCGGGUGACUCGGCUGGCAUUGCGGGUACCCUUGCUCCCGCCGGCAGCUGCAACAUCCCCUGUGUUGGGGACAGCACUCAGCUGUGUGGUGGCUCGUGGAAGAUGCAGGUUGGACUGACGGGUCUCAAGAUCACCACCGUCCCGGUCACCACCACCACCACCACUACCACUACUACUACUACUACUACCAAGACCACCACCACCACCACCACUUCCUCCAAGCCCACCCCCACCAACCUGCCCCCCGUUUCACCCUAUCUUGGCUGCUACGCCGAUGGUCCCAGCCGUCUCCUUUCCACCAAAGUCAGCGUCUCCCCCCUCACCAUCCCCAACUGCCAGCUCCAGUGCCUCAAGUCUGGCUACGAAUUCGCUGGCCUUGAGAACGGUGCCGAGUGCUGGUGUGGCCAGCAGCUCAGCUCCGGCACUCCCUCCGGCUUGAACGAUGGCAGUGUCGUCGGCACUCUUGUCGCUGACUCUCGCUGCAGCACUCCUUGCCCUGGCGAUGGCACCACCAGCUGUGGUGGUGGCUGGCUUGCCUCGGUCUACUUUGCCUCGGUCGAAGGUUGCUACUACGACGACUCGGCUCGCGAUCUCCGCAAGGUCACCAACAACCCUCUCGGACUGAGUGCCAGCCAAUGCAAGAGCACUUGUCUGUCUCAAGGCGCCGCGUACUUUGGUGUCGAGGCUGGCCAGGAAUGCUACUGUGGCAACCGUGUUGUCUACGAGAACCUUCCCUCGGGUGACUCGGCUGGCAUUGCGGGUACCCUUGCUCCCGCCGGCAGCUGCAACAUCCCCUGUGUUGGGGACAGCACUCAGUUGUGUGGUGGCUCGUGGAAGAUGCAGGUUGGACUGACGGGUCUCAAGAUCACCACCGUCCCGGUCACCACCACCACCACCACUACCACUACUACUACUACUACCACCAAGACCACCACCACCACUAGUACCAGCACUCUGCUGCCCACCCCUCCGCCCAAGCCUAUCGUCACCAACACUGUCUAUCAGGGCUGCUUCUUGGAUAGCCCCUCCAGAGUCCUUAGCGGUGCUGCCAACUACCAAAUCGAUACCAGCUCCCCUGCUCCUUGCCAGAACUGGUGUGCUUCGCAGAACUUCACCUACGCCGGUGUUGAAAUCGCUGGCGAAUGCCACUGCGGCAACACCAUCAACUACGGCAGUGCUGCCGGAAACGGUGGUAGCAUCCUCGCUGGCUCGAUCGUGGCCGAUUCGACUUGCAACACCCCUUGCCGCGACGGAAGUCUCUGUGGCGGUCCUUGGGCCAUCUCCAUCUAUCUCUCGUUCGGCGAGGGCUGCUACAUCGACAACAGCGCCCGUAUCAUUAGCGACCUUGUCACGGUCGGAAACAGCCCCACCCAGACGAUCGAGAAGUGCAAGGCCUUCUGUAGCUACUACCACUAUAUCUACUACGGCAUUGAAGCUGGUACAGAGUGCCGCUGCGGAAACAGCGUGUCCUACGGAAACCCAGGUGGCGAUACCGGCAUUGCUGGCACGCAAGUUCCCAUGUCUCAGUGCAACAUCGCCUGCUCCGGCAACAGCGCCGAGACUUGCGGCGGUGUCUGGAGGAUGCAAGUGGGCAUCUCUGGAUUCGCCCCGACCUUGCCCCAGUUUAUUGUCCGCCCGCCCACGUCCUGCCCCACCGUCAGCGUUCGCAAGAGCUGGUAUGACAUGAGCACGGACGAACGCACGCGCUACAUCAACGCCCUUAACCAGCUCAAGACCGUGAAUAAGGAUGUCUUUGGCAACACCUACGACUACGACGACUUUGUCAACAUCCAUCUGACCAAUACUUUCACGGCGCAUUAUGUGCCCGCGUUCCUCCCCUGGCACAGAUGGUUCAUCUACGUCUUUGAGCAGCAUCUGAAGAACAUCGACCCCAACGUUUUCCUCCCUUACUGGGACUUUGGCGCCGACUCGCACCAGCCCUCGCAGUCGGUCAUCUUUGACCCCACUACCUUCGGCACCCACAACGGCGACUCGACCACCAACUACUGUCUCCAGGACGGCGUUGCCUCCAAGUGGGUUAAGAAAUACCCCGUCUCCAAUAUUUUCUACGGCAACCUUGCUGGCCAGUGCAUCAAGCGACAGUGGGACCAGGGUACCACCAUCACUACCGACGCCUUCUGGACCAACGCCGAAAUCCAGACCCAAUUGAUCAACAACGCCACCUUGGACUACAACAGCUUCCGUACCACCUGGGAGAUUGUUCACGGCUAUCCCCACGGCCAACCCGUCCAAGGCUGGCACCUACUUUGGCAACAAGAACCCCGGCCAGGCCCAGCUCUCCGAUUCGAUCACGUCCUUCGAGCCCCUCACCAUCUCGAACGCCAUGUCCGCAGCCGCUCUUUGCACUUCCUACCAGCAGCCGCUCCCCCGCAGCAGCAGCUUUGUCGACGAUAUUGCGAUGCCGCUUGCCUAUGGCAGCCCCCUCCCCGACUCCUGGGGCAUGGGCGUGGUCGAUUACGACCUUGUGCGCCAGCUGGAGCAGCAGCAUCGCCAGUGGGUCGAUCAAUUCAACUCUGUCAACGGCUUUACCGCCUAAUGGCCAAGUCCGACAGGCACCUCCCACUUUCCCCCCCCCGCCCUUGACCCUUCCCUUGCCCCUCCCUUCUUCGGUCUUGUUUGCGUUCGCCUUUGCUUGCACCUUUUUUU